ACACAUGUGACAAUACAAGUGAACGGCAUUUGAAUGCAGUUUGCGUUCAAAACACAACGACUUUACGAAUCGUUUAAUUGUUUUCAAUUGAAUUAAGCGUUGAUUACAUCACAAGAAAUGGCAAACAUGUGUUCACUGUCUUUCUUCUCCGCCCCCAACACAGCCCAAGACAACAGAACUCUUCGCGAAGUGAAUGAGACGCUGGAGGAAGGGAUCACCGAAUGUGUGGUCAUCGAUGAGGCCCAAAUCUAUCCGACGAUUGCUGUGCGAAACGAAGACAUAAUUAAGCCGUCGAUUACUAACGAAAGUGUGGACAACAUAUUCAUCACUAAAGACACCACUCUUUGGACGCGAUUCGUCAGAUGCGCCAAAACACGCGGUUUUGUGUCCGCACUGAAGAUGAUGGCCGACUACGACGACUGGCCUCACAUCGAGUCCAGUCGAGCCGUCAGAUUCGGCCAAAAGUUGUCCAAAACUGUCCUCUAUUUGUGGCAACUUUUGCUCAGCGUUUAUGUCUUCUUAUAUCCAUUCGCUUUGAAAUCAAACGACGAGUUGUGUCACGAAUUUAGCAAAUCUAUGGAUUGGAAGAAUGGUCUGAUCCGAGUGUUUGAAUGGCACCCGAAUGGACACAAGUGUGCCGUUUGUCACAUAAAUGAUUGUAUUUACAUCUAUUCGUUUGACAACACUUUCGUUCCGCUUCUCAAGCAUUCGUUGCAAACGAAAGUGACGUCCAUUUCGUGGAGUCCCACACAAGAGGACACACUCGCCGUGUGUUGUGAAUCAGUGAUCAUUUUAUGGACAUUAGAUCCGAACUCAAGACAAUAUCGGCCCAAAACUGAAUGUAUUCACAUAAUUAACUGCUCUAUUAGUCCGUUAACUGACGCCAAGUUUGAUCCGAGCGGUCGUUAUUUGGCCGCUUGUGGUCCGCAGUCGUCAAAGAUAUCACUAAUAGAUGUCGACAAAAAAGAAGUGUUUAAAACUGUUCGCCGUUUUGGCACUUGUUUUACGCGAGUGUUUUGGUCUCCGGACACGACUCGACUCAUGUCUACGACAACCGCCGAACACAUCCGAGUCUAUGAGAACAAGACGUGGUCUUCUGCCAAAUGGAACCAACACUUCACCGGCAUCUGUCAGACGGCGUGUUGGAGUCGACCCAAUGGUCACCUACUAUUGGUGGCUCUACGCGACUGCCCCUCUGUGUUCGCCAUUCCCUUCUACGACAGCCCACAACCCAAUGAUGUCGGCGGGACUCGUAAUUGUCUUGAAGUGCUCGACAUUUCUCAACAUGAGUUCCCGAAUGGCGUUAAAGUCGGCGGAAGUAUACACGAUAUGGUUUGGGAUAAAAAUAGCGAAAGACUCGCCCUUUCUUUCAAAGGUUUGUCUUAUUUGGAAAACUACUAUAAUAGCGAAUGGAUUGCUUUAUAUAAGACAGUGAUUCGACCCAAUUUAGAGAUGACUCCAAUCGGUUUUGUUCACGGAUUGAAAGCCGAAAUACCACUACUCCUCUCUUUCCACGACUCGUUCCGAAACGGAUCUCUACUCACUGUCUGUUGGAAUAGUGGUGUCGUCUCCUAUAUUCCUCUUCAGUUCGACACGAAGACCAAUAAGUCUAUGUACACGACAGGCACUCCGCGACCGUUGACAUCAUUUUGUGUCGCUUCGCCUAAUCUGAGCACCGCUUCCAUCAACACAUCCCUGAGAGGAACGCCAUUCAGACUCUCGAAACCACUUAACUCUCCAUUAAAUCAUUUCUCGCCAAACGAUUCUGUUUUGUCCCCAAAACGACCGCUUCUUUUCACAACUCUUGCGAACAGAGAUUUCAGUUACGAUUCACUCGAAUAA